CUGAUAUGGAUAUCCUCAAGAUGAACUGGCUGGCGAUCGGUUUUCUGUUUUUAGGUGUUUUUCUCACCGUGGCAAGGCCUCAAAACACUCCCUAUAUCUGCGAUGGAAAGGACGACAGGGUUUGUGACCAGUAUCGCUGCAUUUGCCGGAGAAAGCCUUCAACAGUAGCUUAUUAUACUCCGGACCCCCAGUAUGAAUUUUGAGCUUGGAAUAAACUAUGAAUGUGUAAACAAGAAA